AGAACGUAUUUAUUCAAGGAUUGAACUCAGUUAAAUAAACUCGUUAUCGACUGGUCAAACUGAGAAUCGAAAUCGUAUUUUCACAGAUUUUUAAAAUAUUCGUAAAAUAUUAAAUCUUGAAAUUAUAGAGACACUUGGACGAAGUUGUUUACAAAACAAAUAUGGAAGACGCAGAAUCUACAACAGACAAGAAAAACUGCACGUUUUUAUUUAAAAGGAGAAAAAUUCGGAGCACUGCAGCUAGAAAACGGAAAACAGCGAAUGAUGAAGAUGAGAGUAGCGAAGAUGAAACUACAGUGGUCAAAAAGGAAAAGAAACAGGAUGAUAAUAAUCCUAUGAAACAAAGUACUAAUACGAAGAAAUUGAAGGACCAACGGCAUAUUGAUAACAAUAGUAGCGAUGAUGAAAGCGUUACAGUGUCUUACAAGAGUUCUAAAACUCCUAUGCCAGCAGGACCAAGCGAUCAAGGAGCAACAGCAAUCUUAGAAACAGAAACAGAGAAGGACAAAGAUGCUCAAGCUCUGUUUGAGAAAGCUCAGAAAAUAAAUGAAGAAUUGGAAGGAAAAGAGGAUGAUAAGAUUUAUAGAGGCUUGAAUAAUUAUGCUCAAUAUUAUAAGAAGAAAGAUACAGCUGCUGGAAAUGCUUCCAGUGGUAUGGUUCGCAAAGGACCAAUCAGAGCACCAUCUAAUCUUAGAGCAACUGUUAGGUGGGAUUAUCAGCCAGACAUAUGUAAAGAUUAUAAAGAAACUGGUUUUUGUGGCUUUGGAGAUAGCUGUAAAUUUCUUCAUGACCGGUCGGAUUACAAAUUAGGUUGGCAGCUAGAAAGAGAAGCUGCCACAGGAGAAUAUAAUAAUAGCGGUGACGAAGAUGAUAAAAAAUACGAAAUCGACAGCGACGAAGAAACGUUACCGUUCAAAUGUUUUAUUUGCCGAAGUAGUUUUACAGACCCCAUCGUUACAAAAUGCAAACAUUAUUUCUGCGAGAAAUGUGCUUUAGAACACUACAAGAAAAGUACAAGGUGUUACAUAUGCAAUGUGCAGACGAACGGCGUAUUCAAUCCAGCCAAGGAGCUAAUCACACGGACGAAGAUGGAAGAGAAAGCAAAAUCUGUUGAGGACGAUGAAAUUUCUGAUGAUUAAUAAAAUAUAUAUUUUUUGA